GGGGGUUGGGUCACCGCUACGCCUGCAGAUUCUCGGAGCGCACCACCGGGUUUUGACCCCAGCCUAGGGUAAUUGGCAGAGAGGAAACUGAGGGUGUGUCAGGGGGGACUGCCCCGGGGAAGGCAGCCCCAGCCCCCCGCCCUUCCCGCGCUGAGGUUCUUGGCCGACAGGGGGCGUCCGCAAGCCCGGCUUUGCCACGCUCCCAGCGCUGCCGCUUUGUUUGCAUUCAAAUCCCCGGAGCUGGGGGAGGGGAGAGUCCACAGUAGGGAGACCGAGACCGGGUCUUGGCUAGGAACCUUUGUUUUGGGGUGCAAUCCUCAGAUUCUGCAUCUCUGUUCCCGGCCCCUAGCGUCUAGAUUAGUGGAGAUCCGUUCCGUUGGCCUACUGCCUAGUGCACGGUCCCCGGGGUGCAAUCCCGGAGUUAAGAACAUUCGUCAGAGCCGGGGAGGAGGGGACGCAGCCCUUGACGACCAUUUGUGGGCAUCCCCUGUUGUCCAGGAGAACCCCGCUUCGGCCUCCCCAACCCAUUUCACUUCCCCCCACGAUCCCGCUCCCGCGGAGGCGAGGAGAUUCCCAGAAGCCUGGAACUGACUCGUGGCCCGGUCGCCUCUCUGCGGGAGGGUCAGUGUCUCUAGAAGGCUGUUGGAGAAACAGGACUGGCCCUGGUCAUUUCCACGCCCAUCCCACCCACUUCCUGCCUCCCUCUUGGGCAACAAAGGGGCCUCGGGAAGCUGGGCCCAUUUGGUUCCCGGCCCCACUCCUACUCCAGCCCUGCUGAUGUGGAACCGGGUUUGGGCUCUGCCCGGCUAUUGUCUGCGCUGGGGGAGGGGACGGGCUGGGGCCGGGAACUCUACACACUGCCUGCUUCACCAAGUCCCCCACUGAAGCUCUUUGCCCAACCGGCUGCCUGCGGCUGCUGAAUAAGGGGUAUAUCUCCCCGAAUUAGGUCUUGGGGCUGGCCUGGGUCCCAAUGGUAGCAAGCCCUGUUUUUUAUGGUUAUUGUAAGAAACUCUGAAACCUUUAAGGCCUGAAGGAGCCAAAGAGGGGAGAGUCCCUCUUUUAUUUUUUCCACACAACUCCCUGUUGAAGAGAGGGAGUAGGGAUGGCCUGGAGGCCACAGGCGGCUUUUGAUGACUGCCCACGCCUAGUGCUUGCUGACUAAGUUCCUCUCCUUGCUCUUCUGGGAGACCCCCAGGGCUCUUGGGGGCAGAAGCCAGUUGCAGAAUCAGGAGGAGAUGCAAAGGCUCUGGGGGAGGGCUGCUGGACAGAAGUUUAGACCCUGGGUGUCUGCCAUGGCCCCACACUGGGCUGUCUGGCUGCUGGCAGCAGGGCUGUGGGGCCUGGGCAUCAGGGCUGAGAUGUGGUGGAACCUUGUGCCCCGGAAGACAGUAUCUUCUGGGGAGCUGGUCACAGUAGUGAGGCGGUUCUCCCAGACAGGCAUCCAGGACUUCCUGACACUGACCCUGACAGAACAUUCUGGCCUUUUAUAUGUGGGGGCCCGAGAGGCGCUGUUUGCCUUCAGUGUAGAGGCUCUGGAGCUACAAGGAGUGAUCUCUUGGGAGGCUCCAGCUGAGAAGAAAAUUGAAUGUACCCAGAAAGGGAAGAGCAACCAGACCGAAUGCUUCAACUUCAUCCGCUUCCUUCAGCCAUACAAUGCCUCCCAUCUGUACGUCUGCGGCACCUAUGCCUUCCAGCCCAAGUGCACCUACAUCAACAUGCUCACGUUCACCUUGGACCGUGCAGAAUUUGAGGAUGGGAAGGGUAAAUGCCCAUAUGACCCCGCUAAGGGCCACACCGGACUCCUUGUGGACGGUGAGCUGUACUCGGCCACACUCAAUAACUUCCUGGGCACAGAGCCGGUUAUCCUUCGAUACAUGGGGACCCACCACUCCAUCAAGACAGAGUACCUGGCCUUUUGGCUGAAUGAACCCCACUUUGUAGGCUCUGCCUUUGUCCCCGAGAGUGUGGGAAGCUUCACGGGAGACGAUGACAAGAUCUACUUCUUCUUCAGUGAGCGGGCAGUGGAGUAUGACUGCUAUUCCGAGCAGGUGGUGGCUCGUGUGGCGAGAGUCUGUAAGGGCGACAUGGGGGGAGCACGGACCCUGCAGAAGAAGUGGACGACGUUCCUGAAGGCUCGGUUGGUGUGCUCAGCCCCUGACUGGAAGGUCUACUUCAACCAGCUGCGGGCAGUGCACACCCUGCGGGGCGCCUCUUGGCACAACACCACCUUCUUCGGGGUUUUUCAAGCGCGAUGGGGCGAUAUGGACCUGUCUGCAGUUUGUGAGUACCAGUUGGAACAGAUCCAGCAGGUGUUUGAGGGUCCCUACAAGGAGUACAGUGAGCAAGCCCAGAAGUGGGCCCGCUAUACUGACCCGGUACCCAGCCCUCGGCCCGGUUCGUGUAUCAACAACUGGCACCGAGACAAUGGCUACACCAGUUCCCUGGAGCUGCCGGACAACACCCUCAACUUCAUCAAGAAGCACCCCCUGAUGGAGGACCAGGUGAAGCCUCGGUUGGGCCGCCCCCUACUUGUGAAGAAGAACACCAACUUCACACACGUGGUGGCCGACAGGGUCCCAGGGCUUGAUGGUGCCACCUAUACAGUGUUGUUCAUUGGUACAGGAGAUGGCUGGCUGCUGAAGGCUGUGAGCCUGGGGCCCUGGAUCCACAUGGUGGAGGAACUGCAGGUGUUUGACCAGGAGCCAGUGGAAAGUCUGGUGCUGUCUCAGAGCAAGAAGGUGCUCUUUGCUGGCUCCCGCUCUCAGCUGGUUCAGCUGUCUCUGGCCGACUGCACAAAGUACCGUUUCUGUGUAGACUGUGUCCUGGCCAGGGACCCUUACUGCGCCUGGAAUGUCAACACCAGCCGCUGUGUGGCCACCACCAGUGGUCACUCGGGGGCCCUUCUGGUCCAACAUGUGGCGAACUUGGACACUUCAAAGAUGUGUAACCAGUAUGGCAUUAAAAAAGUCAGACCUAUUCCCAAGAACAUCACCGUUGUGUCAGGCACAGACCUGGUCCUACCCUGUCACCUCUCGUCCAAUUUGGCCCACGCCCACUGGACCUUCAGAGGCCGGGACCUGCCUGCAGAACAACCUGGCUCCUUUCUUUAUGACACGGGACUCCAGGCGUUGGUGGUGAUGGCCGCCCAGUCCCGCCACUCUGGACCCUAUCAUUGCUAUUCAGAGGAGCAGGGGACAAGACUGACUGCAGAAAGCUACCUUGUUGCUGUCGUGGCCGGCUCGUCGGUGACACUGGAGGCACGGGCUCCCUUGGAAAACCUGGGGCUUGUGUGGCUCGCUGUGGUGGCCCUGGGGGCUGUGUGCCUGGUGCUGCUGCUGCUGGUCCUAUCGCUCCGCCGGCGACUUCGAGAAGAGCUAGAAAAGGGUGCCAAGGCCUCGGAGAGGACACUGGUGUACCCCUUGGAACUGCCCAAGGAGCCUGCCAGUCCCCCCUUCCGUCCUGGCCCCGAAACCGAUGAGAAACUUUGGGAUCCUGUCGGGUACUACUAUUCGGAUGGCUCUCUCAAGAUUGUGCCUGGUCACGCCCGGUGCCAGCCUGGGGGUGGGCCCCCUUCCCCACCUCCUGGCAUACCUGGCCAGCCUCUGCCUUCUCCAACUCGGCUCCACCUAGGAGGUGGUCGGAACUCAAAUGCCAAUGGAUAUGUGCGCUUACAGUUGGGCGGAGAGGACCGAGGAGGAUCUGGGCACCCACUGCCUGAGCUCGCGGAUGAAUUACGACGGAAACUACAACAGCGCCAGCCGCUGCCUGACUCCAACCCAGAGGAGUCUUCAGUAUGAGGGACCCCCCCCACCUCAUUGGCGGGGGGGUCUCAUGGGAGGUGCACUCUUAACUUUUGCACAGGCACCAGCUACCUCAGGGACAUGGCAGGGGCACAUGCUCUGCCUGGGACAGACACUGCCCAGCAUUUGCCCCGCCGUGAGGACCUGCUCAGCAUGGGCACUGCCACUUGGUGUGGCUCACCAGGACUUCAGCCUCACAGGAGACACACCCUCCUCUGUGAAUUUGAGACAUGUGGGACCCCAGCAGCCAAAACUUUGCAAGGAAGAGGUUUCAAGAUGUGGGCGUGUUUGUGCAUAUAUGUGUUGGUAUGCAUGUGGAAGAGUGUGUGUAUGUGUGUGUGUGUGUGUGUGUGUGUUAUAACUUUCCUGUCUCUGUCACGUCUUCCCUUGGCCUGGGGUCCUCCUGGUUGAGUCUUUGGAGCUAUGAAGGGGAAGGGGGUCAUAGCACUUUGCUUCUCCUACCCCCAGCUGUCCCGAGCUUUGGGGCAGUGAUGUACAUACGGGGAAGGGAAGGACAGGGUGUUGUACCCCUUUUGGGGGAGUGCGGGACUCGGGGGUGGGCCUAGCCCUGCUCCUAGGGCUGUGAAUGUUUUCAGGGCGGGGUUGGGGGUGGAGAUGGAACCUCCUGCUUCAGGGGGAGGGGUGGGCAGGGCCUCCCACUUGCCCUCCGGGUUCGGUGGUAUUUUAUAUCUGCGCUCUUCUGACAGGGCUGGGAAGGGUUGUUGGGGGGAGGGAAGGGAGGAGGUGGGCAUACUAUGGAUACUGGCCUAUCCUCUCCCUGCUCUGGGAAAAGGGCUAACAGUGUAACUUAUUGUGUCCCCACAUAUUUAUUUGUUGUAAAUAUUUGAGUAUUUUUAUAUUGACAAAUAAAAUGGAGAAAAUGAAAUUUAA